AUGGGUCAAGCUUUGAGUUUCGGUAAUAUUUUUUCAAAACUCUGGGGCACUAAUAAGGAAAUAAGGAUUCUUAUAUUGGGUCUAGAUGGUGCUGGUAAAACAACAAUAUUAUAUCGUUUGCAAAUGGGAGAAGUGGUCACUACCAAGCCUACUAUUGGGUUCAAUGUGGAGACAUUAAAAUACAAAAACAUUACGUUAAAUAUAUGGGAUUUGGGUGGUCAAACUUCCAUUAGACCUUACUGGAGAUGUUAUUACAGCAACACAUCAGCAGUUAUCUUUGUUGUUGAUUCGACCGAUAAAGAUCGUAUCGACACUGCCUGCAAGGAAUUACAUCAAAUGUUGAAGGAAGAGGAGUUACAGGAUAGUGCAUUAUUAGUUUUUGCAAACAAACAAGAUCAACCAGGAGCAAUGACUGCUGCGGAAGUGAGUCAAGCUUUAAGCCUAACUGAUUUGAAAGACAGAAGUUGGAGUAUUGUUGCAUCAAGUGCCAUCAAAGGCGAAGGGUUAACAGAAGGGUUAGACUGGUUAAUGGAUGUGAUUAAAGAUGAGCAGUUGUAA